AUGACUGGACACCAUAUUGGAACUGUCCUGGAGUUUGAGACCACUCAACUCCUCUUUUCUCAAGCACAAUUGUCAACAGGUAAAAUUGACCAGUUACUUCACUUAUGGGCAUUGUCUCUCACACCUCAUCAAGAUACCUCACCAUUUGCUGACCACACCAAUCUCUAUAAAACAAUUGAUGCGACCCCAACAGGUGAUGUGCCUUGGGAGAGCUUCAGGCUCAAGUACAGCAGCAAAAAACCAUCAGAAGAUUCAUAUGAUGUCUGGUUCUGGGACCCCCAAGUCAUCAUCAAGAAUAUUCUUUCCAAUACUGACUUUAAUGCAGAAAUUGACUAUGCUCUGUAUUGUGAAUUUUCAGCAGACAGUCACUCACAAAGUGAGUGGGCUUGGGAACAGGCAGAUGAAAUUGUGAAAGAGCCUCAAGCAGAUGGUGCAACAUUUAAUGACUACUGGCCCAUCUACCUUUCCAUUGGCAAUGUUCAUAACCAUGUUUGGCAUGCACAUUGCACAAUGCCAUUACUUGAAUGCAGCCAGCAAAAACACUCAGAUGAUGCCCUCUUCCACAAGUUCAAGAAACAAAAUUUUCAUACUGGUAUGAUGACCCCAGACGUUCUUCACUGCCCAGAUGGCCACUUUCAUUGCAUCACUUAUGGCCUUGGGCCUUAUAUUGCUGACUAUCCAGAACAGGUUUUACUUGCUUGCAUUGUGCAGAAUUGGUAUAACUUGGAUGGAGGUGGUGUGCCUCAUUCCCACUCACUUGCUGAUGUACUGAAGUGUGUGUUCUCACUUGUUGAAUUGUGGGAUGAAUGGGGGAUGGAUGUGGAGAUUGAGGUACAAACCAGCAUCUACUUGUUAUUAGCACCUGACAUCCUACAUCAACUGAUCAAAGGGACAUUUAAGGAUCAUUUGGUUGAGUGGGUGAUGAAGUACCUUGAGCAAACUCAUAGAAAGGCUGGAGCAAAGGAAAUUCUAGCUGAUAUUGAUCAACACAUUGCAGUUGGACAGGGAUUUUCACAAUGGAUAGGCAAUGACUCAAAAGCACUAAUGAAGGUUUACCUCCCUGCCAUUGAAGGCCAUGUCCUGGACAAUAUCAUUCAUACCUUUCAGGCAUUUUUGGAAUUCUGCUACCUUGUUCAGAGGGAUGCAAUUACUGAUGAAAUAUCAUCUGGCAUGCCAAAUGGCCUCUGUACAUCAAUCACAGAAUCAAAACAUAUCAAGGCAGUGAAAGAGCCAUGGAGAAUAGAAAUGGAUCCAGAACAUGACCAGUUUGACAAUGUCAAUGAUCCUGGCAUCACAGAUGAAAGGUUGGAAACCAUUUACUCCAUCGUCAAACUAGCACAAGUGCCAGCUAGAAACUGUGCCACCAAAGUCCUCUCACUUGCAGAUGAGCUUGGAGUUCCAGCAUUUCCCAACCUCCUUCAGGAGUUUUUGUCUCACCAACUCAACACAUUGGACACCAAGCUUCAGUGCUUGGCAACUCCCACAGGUCAUAUCAAGGUUUUCCACUCUGCCAGUGUGAUGUUUGUCUCACCAACAACACCAUCCUGGUAUGGUGGUCCUGAACAUUAUGACACUGUGUUUGUGAACACAGACAACACACAUGAUGGGAUGGAGGGCAUGAAUGUAGCCCAGGUUCUUUGCUUUUUUUUGUUACCAUGCACCAAUGACUUAUCAUACCUGUGUGCUCUCAUUCAUUGGUUUGAUUACAUAGCAGACAUGCCCAACAAACUGACUGGGAUGUGGAUGGUAAAACCAUCCUUCCUGGACAACAGAACUCAUGACCUUGCUGUUGUUCACAUCAACACCAUCAUACAAGCAGCACAUUUAAAUCCUAUUUUUGGUUGGGACUUCAAUAAUUUGUUGGAUGUUUACUGUGGAUUCUACAUUAAUCAUUUUAUGGACCACCAUGCAUUUGAGCUGUCAUUUUCAUGCCAUUACUUAGUUUAA